AUGGGAUGCCAGUACAAUUCCACAUUGGCAUAUUCAGUCCUGCGUACCCAGGAUCUGCAUGACCAAUGCCACUCACCUCCCUCAGACGCAGAGGAUUUGAAACCAGAUAUCAUACAAUCCCGCCACUGGCUCGUUCAAAAUAACCAGUAUUAUUCAAAAAACGACAAUCUUUUCUGCUUUGGAAAACCGCGGUCUGUUCUGCUCUGUAAGUUGGAGGGACGCUUGAAAGGACUUCUCGCAAAUUCCUCUCCAUUAAUUCUCGUUGUUCACGGAGGGCAUCGUCAAACGACGCUCCUGCAAAAGCUCAACAUCAACCUUGCACCCGUCUUCACCCUCGAUACGACAAGUUGCCCGCUUUCCACUCCAGAUUUUCUACACCUUUCCCUAAAGCGGCUUCUCCAAGCAUUUAGCAUUCCCUUCACUGGCGACCGUCUCCACGUCGCUGGGAACGACGCACACUUUACACUCCGCGUUCUACUCAUGAUUGCUGUGACCGACGUACAACGGGAGCUGGACGAGGCUCCAGCGUGGGUGCCUGUGUUUGAAGCAAUUGCCUGA